AUGCUGGAGAGAGAUUCCCCUUCCAAAACGUUUCUUGGCGUCCGUUUCGUUCUCUUUGGUUUUGAUUCCCUCAACAAAACCAAGGUUAAAACAAAGCUUGUUAGUGGCGGCGGCGUUGAUGCUGUUCAGUAUAGCGAGAAUUGCACUCACGUCAUUGUCGAUAAGAUUGUUUAUGAUGAUCCUGUAUGUGUUGGUGCAAGAAAUGAUGGAAAGACAGUUGUGACAGGAUUAUGGGUUGAUCACAGUUUUGAUAUUGGGAUGCCUGUUGAUGCCACUUCUAUUAUGUAUCGACCACUUAGAGAUUUGAAUGGAAUUCCGGGUGCCAAAAGUUUAGUUGUGUGCUUGACUGGAUACCAACGUCAAGAUCGAGAUGACAUUAUGACCAUGGUGAGCUUGAUGGGGGCGCAGUUUUCUAAGCCAUUGGUGGCUAAUAAAGUUACUCAUCUCAUCUGUUACAAAUUUGAAGGUGUGGUUUUUGAUCUUCACACAGGGAAUACCAUUAGGAAUGAACUUGGAGUUAUGAUUGUUGUUGCAUGCGAGAAGUACGUGCUUGCUGAUAAAAUGAAGAAGAUAAAGCUUGUUAACCAUCGGUGGUUGGAGGAUUGCUUAAGAAAUUGGGAGCUUCUUCCAGAAGACAAUUAUAGCAAGAGUGGCUAUGAGUUGGAGGUGCUGGAAGCUGAGGCAAAAGACUCUGAGGAUGAAGCUGGGGGCACCUGCGUGAAGCAACCAAGUUAUGAAAAUGCGAAUAAGAGUCCUCAGAAUUUAAAAGUCAGAACAUCCGAGGCUUGUGAAAUGCCCAAAACUGGGGAAGUGAUGAAAACAUCACAUAUUCUGAGCGAGCCUGAAGGUCUGUCAAGCGUUGUCAAUGCUAAAGAUAUCAUAGUAACUCCUGGCAAAAGGAGCAUAGAUGAUCAUGCAUCGAGCUUUGAAAAUGUUUGUGUUUCUGAGGUUCCUCACCAUCUGGAUGCUAGUAGCUUCAAGGGCGCCCCUUCCAAUCAGUUACUCGAUCCACAAGAGAGAACUCCUGUUUCUACAAGGAUGAGUAAUGACUUGGAAUUUAUUUCUAGAAGUGUUGAAAGGCCUUCUCAUUCUGAUGCAAGGUAUAGUGCUACAAGUUACACAAGAAAAACUCCACGAAGAUCCCCAUCAUCAAUUUUCUCUGGGAACUCAGGCAAUAAUAGAGGCUCUCCUAAAGUUCUCUUAGGCGAAUCCAUCAAUAUGUUUUCUGCCAAAGCAUAUGCAAAGGACCCAACAAGCCCUUCUUGUGCUGAAUUUCCUCAAAAAGGAAGUGAAUUACUUUAUGAAGAAGCACCAGGAAGUAAGAAGCAAAAGACAGAUGUUUCUGGUUCUAGCUAUAAAUCACAGAAGAUGAAGCAUGAUUCACAAGCACAUGUCACAGGGAGUCAACCAGUUACUUACAAAAGUCAAGGUUUGGAACCAGGGCCUUUGGUGGACUGUCCAUCUAGAAUUAAUAACCACUCUCCUCUUGGCAAUAAUGGUCCCUCAGUGCAUGAUAUGAUUAGUAUGAAUGCUCUGCAGAACUCACAUGCCAAUUUUUCAAUAGCCAAGUCAUCAAAAUUUACAAGGAACUUGUGCACAGAAGAUGAUGCUUUCCUCGAAAAUAUGAUCUCGGAAACUGGAGAAAAUGAGAAAGCAAAUAAGAAGACACCACAACGAACCUUCAGGGACUUGAGAGAGGACAACUUGGUCGGUGAGCCUGAUCGUGGAGGUUUUGUUGUCGAAAGAUCUGAACAGGUGGUUGCAGAAGCAGGGGAGCCACAAAAUUGGCAACAAGAUGGAGGCAGUCCAUUUUCACAUAAAAAGGAAUUAGAGACAGAUAAAUCUGACAUGCGUUCUAAUGUGGAUGUGCCUCAGGCAGGAAAUGAUAACUUCAUUACCAAGCCAGCUAGGAAGAAGAUGAUUGCCAAUAAGACUUUGGGUUCUAGACCAAAAUUGACAAGUAAUGUGAACCAGAAAGGUUCCAUAUACUUUAAUGUAACUACUGCUCAAAAUGAUCCUGCAGUUGGUUUGGCUGAGGGAAAAGAGAGAGCAGAGAACGGGAGUUCCACUGGUGCCACUGAGCUUGAGACAUCCCCUGCAACUGUCAAUGUUGCCACAGCACAAGCAAUGGAGACAGAACAUGCCACAAAAUUGGGGGAUGAGCUGGGGGAUAAUACUGAGGAUAAGAUUGGUUCCGUGGAUGAUGAGACUGAGGCUCCAGAGGAGAAAGAUGAAGGUAAAAAGUUUCUCAAUGAAGAGCAGGCUGAUAUGAUUGAUUUGUCACAUAGAGCAGAUAAUAAGAUAGGGAUGAAAUUGGAAGCAGAUAAUUCUAGAGCUAACAUGUCUGAUGGUUCAGCAGAAGGGAAGAAUGCAGUUGAAACACCAAAUAGGGAUGAAUCAACCUUGAAAGAAGUUUUUGUAAAAGGAAAAGGAAGCAGAGGCAAGAAGCAGCCUUCAGAGUCUAAGAAAGUUCUAGACGAGGAAGAGGAUCUUGAUGUAAAGAACAUUGAGGAGAAUGCUGCAGAAAAGAAAAUCACUGAGCCACGUCGUGCAUGUCAAGGUAAAAGAUUUGUAUCUAGAAAAAAGUCCAAGAACUCUGUGGAAGCUGUGAAGGAGAAUAAACCAGCUGUUGAUGGAGAUCAAUAUGGAAGUUUAGAUGAUGAGCAUGUUGGGGAAACGGCUGCUAAAGCCAAUAAAACACCAAUGAAGUUUAACCAAAAGGUUAGUGAAAGUAAUCCUGGUUCUACACCAGGAAGAAAAGUUACGAAGCAAGUGAAAACUGAAUCGCCAUGGUUUAUAUUGAGUGGGCAUAGGCUGCAAAGAAAAGAGUAUCAGCAAGUUAUCAGGCGUUUGAGUGGAAAAUGCUGUAGAGAUUCUCAUCAAUGGUCAUACCAGGCAACACACUUCAUAGCUCCAGACCCAAUUCGCAGGACAGAAAAGUUUUUUGCUGCUGCAGCAUCUGGAAGAUGGAUACUUAGGACCGAUUAUUUAACGGCUUGUAGUCAGGCAGGAAGGUUCUUGGCAGAGGAAUCUUAUGAAUGGCACAAGAAUGGCCUUAGCGAAGAUGGAGCAAUUAAUUUAGAGGCGCCAAGGAAAUGGCGGCUGUUAAGGGAGAGAACAGGUCAUGGAGCCUUCUAUGGAAUGCGUAUUAUCAUUUAUGGAGAAUGCAUUACACCACCUUUGGAUACUUUGAAACGUGUGGUGAAGGCAGCGGACGGUACCAUCUUAGCAACUUCUUCUCCUUACACCCGCUUUCUUACAUCUGGAGUUGACUAUGCUAUCGUCAGCCCUGGCAUAACACGUGCAGAUAUGUGGAUCCAAGAGUUCUUAAAACAUAAGAUACCUUGCAUUGUUGCUGAUUACUUGGUAGAGUAUGUCUGCAAGCCUGGGUAUUCUCUUGAGAGACAUGUACUGUACAAUACCAAUGGUUGGGCAGAGACGUCAUUUUCCAACCUUUUGAGCAAGGCUGAAGAGAUUGUGGAGGACUUGGCAAUAUUGAAGGAUUGUGAUAGUGGUGAUGAUAUAGCCUGUGAAGUUUGCGGUUCUCGUGAUAGAGGAGAAGUUAUGCUGAUAUGCGGUGAUGAAAGUGGUUCUGUUGGCUGUGGGGUUGGGAUGCAUAUAGACUGCUGCAAUCCUCCUCUUGAAAGUAUUCCACAGGAGGAUUGGUUUUGUCCAAAGUGUACAGGAAGCAGUAACGGCACCAGCCCUAGGAAGAAAAGGAUGAAAAAGGCACUUCACUGA